AUGGAAAAUAUUUUAAAGAACAAUGACAAUGGUUAUGAUAUUAAUGCAAAAGAAACUAAAGAUAUAAUUUUGCAAAACUACUUUUAUCAAGAAGAACCACCGUCUUCUCUAAUCAUAUCGUAUCAUAAUGCCAUCACUGAUAUAUAUCAUUUAAAAAAAUUGAACAGUAACCUGUCAGUCUCUCUAUUUGAAGAAUCAUCAUCUUCACUACCACUGCCGCCAUUAUUAUUAUCAUCACUGCAAAUCAGUGCACAACGUAAUAAUAGUUUGUGUCUCUCAUCACAAUCCAAUCUACCUUUUAACAACAACAACAUUAACGAUCAUCAGAGGUCAUUUUUUUAUAACGCAAUCUUACAUACUGGAUUUGAUAAUUCAAUUCAUUUACCACAAAACACAACCAAUGGCUUUUCAAAUGAGAAUAGAAAGAUUGAUGAGCUGGAAAAUGAUGCAUUAGAAAUGCUUAUUAAAUUGAAAUGUAGCGACAAUUAUGAUGGUGAUGAUAACUAUGAUGAUGAUGGUGAUAAUAAAUUACACGAUAAGGAAUAUGAUGCAGCAGAAAUGCUUAUUAGAUUGAAAGAUGGUAAUGUUGUUGACGAUAAUAAUAAUAAACAUCGCAAUGAUGAAGACGAUGCUUUGGAAAUGCUUAUUAGAUUAAAGAAUAGUAAUGUAAUUGAUAUUGAUGACAAGUUAGGCAACGAAGAAAAAAUGGACAUUGGUAAUGAAAAUCGAGAAGACUACAAUAUGGAAAUUGAUUCUAAUAAUGAAAAAGAAUCUAAUGUUGGGAUAGCUAAUUAUCUAGGGAUAAACAAACAUGAUAUAUUAGAAAGCAAUAGAGUAUUAUUAGAAACUAAUAGAAAAUUAAUAAAUAAUAGAGAAAAGCCGCCAUAUUCUUAUUCCUCAUUAAUUGGACAAGCAAUUUUGCAGUCACCCGAAAAAAAACUAAUUGUUAAUGAUAUUUUUAAAUGGAUAUCAAGUACUUAUCCUUAUUAUUCAACAAACCAAGGUUCAUGGAAGAAUUCAAUUCGUCACAAUUUAUCAAAAAGCAAAAUGUUUAUUCGGGUAGAAAAUGGUAAUUCUCCAAGGACAUGUUGGUCCGUUGACCCUGAUUUAGAGCAUUGUUUCGUUGAUGGAGUAUUCUCAACAUUAUUAUCAGUAGCUUUAAUGUUUGACUCAUUUCUAAAUUAUCAAAAAGACCCUAAAGGAUGCAAUUUAUCAUAUAUGCAUCCUUAUUAUAUAAAACAAAAUGGAUUCGACAGUGAACAAACGCGAUUUGCCGGAAAAUAUAGCCUCUAUUUAUAUAGAGACCAACCUUAUGACACUAGUAAUCAACCUUUAGGAAUUCCUGCACUUUUUAUUCCUGGUAAUGCUGGCAGUUAUAAACAAGUACGUUCAAUAGCGGCAGAAACUUCAAAACUAUAUUAUGAAGUUAUAUCUAAACAAUCUAGAUCAUUUGGUAACGGCAUAAAACCAAUUGAUUUUUUUACAGUUGAUUUUAAUGAAGAGUAUUCAGCGCUUCAUGGGCAUUCUUUAUGUGAACAAGCAGAAUAUCUUAACGACGCAAUUAGAUAUAUUUUAUCGUUAUACCCAUCAAUUAGGAAAAGUCAACAGACAAGUUCAUCAUCUCAACCAUAUCCUGAUCCAACAGCUGUAAUAUUAAUUGGUCAUUCGAUGGGAGGUGUUGUUGCAAGAACUUUAUUCCAGACACCAAAUUUUCAACCUGGCUCAAUAAAUACUAUUUUAACAAUGUCUACACCUCACACCUUACCACCUGCUUCAUUUGAUUGGAAAAUAAAUACCGAAUCCUCAUCAAAUUCUUUGAUGGAUGUUACUUUAAUAUCAAUAGCUGGUGGAAAUUUAGAUACUAUAGUUUGUAGUGACUCAACAAAUAUAAAUUCACUUGUUCCUGAUUCAAAUGGUUUCACUGUUUUCACAACCUCCAUACCUAAAGUUUGGACUUCAAUGGAUCAUCAAUGUAUUUUAUGGUGUGAACAAUUAGUAAAAGUUGUUGCCAAUACUUUGCUAAACAUUGUUGAUAUCAGACGUUCAACCCAAACAAUACCAACAUCGCAAAGAAUGAAGGUAUUUAGAAAAAAUUUAUUGACAGGAUUAGAGGAUUCUAUUGACAUUGAUAAAUCUCCAAGGGAAUUUUUUGAUAUAUUGGAUUUGGGAAAAGGGUCGUAUCAAUUUUUAGAUAUGGGGCAAAGACUUGUUUUAAACAACACAAGCUCAAAAUCUCAAAUCUAUUUAAUGCCAAUUCCACCAUCAGCUCCGCAUUCUACUUUAAACACCUUCACGUUUUUAACUGAUCAAUCACUUUCAAAAUAUUCAGGAAUCAAACUACUUUUAUGUGAUGUUAUGCCAACCGAAGUACCUGAGCGAGUGACCGACACCGAUUUCUAUUCAAACGAUUUAUUAUUACCUAUAGCGCCUAAAUUAUCGUGUUUUUAUAUCUCAUCUGAUGAUAUUGUUUUAUUACCAGAAUCGACAUUUGAAAGCAAAAACACAUUUUCUGAUAAAACAUUUAAUUUUGUGAAAUUAAAAGUAAAAGAAUUGGGUGAUUAUCAAUACAUUGUUGUUAUGUUUGAUGAAUUAAAUUUAAUGAAUAGAGGAUUUUUUAUUGGUGAAUUUUACGAUGAAAGUACAACAAUCAUGGAAAUAAAUAAGGUAUUGAUGGACGGAAUUCAUAUUGAUGCAUUUCCUGAACACAACGCACUAGUAUCUAAUUUAAAAAUUCCUGUGAUAGAUAGUAGUUUAUUGACCUAUAAAAUUUCAAUUCAACGUUCAGGAUGUGAUGGACAGCAACAUUUUGCACCAUUUUUACGUCAAUCAAUAUCAUCAAUGUAUGAAUCGAAAUUUUUCGUUAAUGUAAACAAUAUUGAAUUAAAUAUUCAUGGUCGUUCACCAUUUGGAGCGGGAUUUAACAACAACAAUAAUGGUAGCAGUAGUAAUAAUAGUUUCAUAAUGAAUCAGAAAGGAUUAGAAUUACAAUUUUGGAUUGAUCCAACGUGUCCUUCACCAUUAUCAAUUGAUAUAGAGUUUGAUUUUUAUGGCAGUUUGGGUAAAAUAGUGAUGCGAUUUCAGACAGUUUUGGCUGCUUUUCCCUUCAUAAUAGUUAUUAUAACCUUUUAUCAUCAAUUAAAAGAGUAUAAUCAUAGUGGUUAG